GUGUGCAGACGGAGGACACCAGUGGAGGAGCUCAGAGCACAUCGGGAGUGCAGGAGAGGAAGCAGCUGCGGGGGUUCCGAGCAUCAGUGACCCAUUCCGAUGUGCAGCAGCUGUGUAGAAAGUGGAUUCGAGAUGAGAGUGGGGAGGAGUCUGGCAAGGAAGCAGGUUUCCUAUGUUAUUCGAGAUGAAGUCGAGAAGUACAAUCGAAAUGGGGUCAAUGCCCUGCAGCUGGACCCAGCACUAAACAGACUCUUCACGGCUGGGCGAGACUCCAUCAUAAGGAUAUGGAGCGUCAAUCAGCACAAGCAAGACCCCUACAUCGCGUCCAUGGAGCACCACACCGACUGGGUCAACGACGUGGUGCUGUGCUGCAACGGGAAGACGCUGAUAUCUGCUUCCUCGGACACGACAGUGAAAGUGUGGAAUGCACACAAGGGAUUUUGCAUGUCAACACUAAGGACACACAAGGACUAUGUUAAGGCCUUAGCAUACGCCAGGGACAAGGAGCUGGUGGCCUCCGCCGGGCUGGACCGACAGAUAUUCCUCUGGGACGUGAACACCCUGACAGCACUGACGGCCUCCAAUAACACUGUCACCACUUCCUCUUUAAGCGGGAACAAAGACUCCAUUUAUAGCCUGGCGAUGAAUCAGCUGGGGACAAUCAUUGUGUCGGGGUCCACUGAGAAGGUUUUGAGGGUGUGGGACCCAAGAACAUGUGCGAAGCUGAUGAAGCUGAAAGGGCACACGGACAACGUGAAGGCGCUGCUGCUGAACAGAGAUGGCACGCAGUGCCUGUCCGGCAGUUCCGACGGCACGAUUCGCCUCUGGUCCCUCGGCCAGCAGAGGUGCAUCGCGACAUACCGCGUCCACGACGAAGGCGUUUGGGCUCUGCAGGUCAGCGACGCCUUCACACACGUGUACUCCGGCGGAAGGGACCGGAAGAUCUACUGCACAGACCUGAGAAACCCUGACAUUCGGGUACUGAUUUGUGAGGAAAAAGCACCAGUUCUCAAGAUGGAGCUCGACCGGUCCGCCGACCCCCCGCCCGCCAUCUGGGUUGCCACGACGAAGUCUACGGUGAAUAAGUGGACCUUGAAGGGAAUUCAUAAUUUCAGAGCUUCCGGAGAUUAUGACAAUGACUGUACAAAUCCUAUAACACCACUGUGCACACAGCCUGACCAGGUUAUCAAAGGGGGCGCGAGUAUCAUCCAGUGUCACAUCCUUAACGAUAAGAGACAUAUCCUAACCAAAGACACCAAUAACAACGUGGCAUAUUGGGAUGUAUUGAAGGCAUGUAAAGUUGAAGAUUUGGGCAAAGUAGAUUUCGAAGAUGAAAUUAAGAAAAGAUUUAAGAUGGUGUACGUGCCAAAUUGGUUCUCCGUUGACUUAAAAACCGGGAUGCUGACCAUCACCUUGGACGAGAGUGACUGCUUUGCUGCUUGGGUUUCCGCAAAAGACGCCGGCUUCAGCAGCCCCGACGGGUCAGACCCAAAACUGAACCUGGGGGGGCUCCUACUCCAAGCCCUCCUGGAGUACUGGCCGCGAACACACGUGACUCCGAUGGAUGAGGAGGAAAACGACGUAAACCAUGUAAAUGGGGAGCAGGAGAACCGCGUACAGAAGGGAAACGGAUACUUCCAAGUUCCCCCCCACACCCCGGUGAUCUUUGGGGAAGCCGGAGGACGCACACUAUUCAGGCUGCUCUGCCGAGACUCUGGGGGCGAGACCGAGUCGAUGCUGCUUAAUGAGACAGUGCCACAAUGGGUCAUUGACAUCACCGUGGACAAAAAUAUGCCCAAAUUCAACAAAAUUCCUUUCUACCUCCAACCUCACGCAUCUUCGGGAGCAAAAACCUUAAAAAAAGACCGACUCUCUGCGAGCGACAUGCUCCAGGUCCGGAAAGUGAUGGAACACGUUUACGAGAAAAUCAUCAACUUGGAUAACGAGUCGCAAACCACUAGCUCUUCUAACAACGAAAAACCAGGGGAACAGGAGAAAGAAGAGGACAUCGCUGUGUUGGCCGAGGAGAAAAUCGAACUUUUGUGCCAGGACCAGGUGCUGGACCCGAACAUGGACCUGCGGACGGUGAAGCACUUCAUCUGGAAGAGCGGCGGCGACCUCACCCUCCACUACCGCCAGAAGUCCACGUGAGGGCGCGCUGCCGGGCGUUCACCUCCCGACCUGCCUCUGGGGCCCGAGUCGUCCUAGGAAGCCGCCGGGCCCCCGCGGGAGCAAGACUUCGCCGGCCGGCGCGGUGCGGACCGAGAUUCUUUCAGUUGAAGCGACUAAUCGAGAUGUAAUAUAGAAACCCGUCUCCAUGUGUAGAUCCAGCUGUCCCCGGGGAGGCAGCGGGCAGCGCAGCCCCCCAGCGGCCCUCGUCCUGCAGGACGGACGGAGCACGGACGGCAGGCCGGCCCGGCCCGCUCCUCGGGCCCCGCGGGACCUGACCUGUCUGUCCGCACUUGUUCGAGGCGCGUCUGUCACUGUGUUUCAGCCUCAACCCUACAUGCCCUGUAGCUUUUCUAAGAGUACAUUCCAUCCAUGCAGCGCCUGGGAAGGCUUUUUCCGAGUUGGUCAUUAAAAACAAACAGAACAAAUGUUCUCACAUUUAAGAGUUAUUUUUAAUAGGAAUUUGUGUUGUACAAUUCAAGAGCCAGCCCAUUUCAGAAUAAAUCUCCUUCCUGGCCUUGUUUUCAUACUGCAUCUCAGAUGCGUUCUUUUAGGGAAGACCUGUAGGAACUCUGGGUGCCAGACCAGAGGGCGCCCGGGCCACGGCAGGGGCAGCUCUUUCCCGCCCCCACGGCGCCCGCUUUCAGUUAUGGGCAGAAGCCAGGUGGUGCCACAGGCCCUGCUCUGGGUGACGGUGUGACAUCAUCACAACGGAAGACGCGAUGGGAAGUUAGCUCCGUUUAGACGCCCCCUGAGGUGCCCGCCGGCAGAGUCAGAAGUGUCCCGUGAGCGGCGGCGGGCCAGCCGGGAGCAAACCCCCUCGCUCCCCCCCCCCCAGCCUUACAUGCCCAGGGGUGGUGGCCCCGUGGCCAGAGUUCUCCCUCGUGUUUCUAACGCUCUAAAGCUUCCGUAGAAUCCUUGGAGUCUCGUAGAGAACAUAACUUACUGGGGAUCAACACUUCAACUUUGGGCGGGAAGAAGUGCCCACUUGUGUCCAGAGCAGAGCAAAGGCCCCUGGAAAGCACGUAAGACAAGCCAAGCCUCCCGUGUGAAGCCAGAAGCACAAGUGCCUUCGGACGGCAGUUUGUUCGGGUCCGGCCGCCUGCGCGGCGCUCAGGCCCCAGCAGCCGGGGGGCGGAAAGUCUCCCCAGGCUCCGCGGGGGCACUGCUGGGCCCAGGGCCGCCUGAGGCCCGAGAGGCAGGGCCCCCUCCCCACUGGCCAGCCUCCUGUGGAAAGCGGACGGCCCACUGCCCCAGCACCGUGGACGGGUGAGCACAGAUGUGCCACGCUUCCAGAGGGUCCCUGUCCCUCACCAGAGAGCCACCGGCGCCUUUUUUAAAAAUCCUUUCUAUCGGUUGGACACAACAGUGCACUUUUGGUGCACAUUUUUUAGCAAUAGUUGUGAGUUAUGACGAAAACCCCACGGCUCACUGGGCAGCCCCCGGCUGGGUCUGCAGGAAGGGCCCUCGGGCUGCGGAACAGGUUUCCGGGGCCAUUCUGCCCCGGGACCGGGCUCGGGGGCGGCUGCACCCCCUUCCUGUCACCCACCAACCCUCGGCAUGCUUCUACUUGUUUUCUUUCCAGUCAACCAGUAAUAGUUUCCAGGAAAUUGGACAGCCUGCUAUGCCAAAAGGGUAAAAAUCUGUAUUUCACGGUUGUAUAGAAUAAAGGCUUUAGUUAAAAUGUUUCAAA